CGGGCUCAGUCCGCGGUCGAUAACCGAGCCGAGGCUAGCAGACACUGAUUAAACCACUGGACGGUAUUUUUCCGGGGGGGGGGGAGCGGAGCGGAGUGGAGUAAUCAGCACACGGGUGGGCUUCACCGAGCUAACCGGGGCCUUCUUCUUUCUGGAUGCCCAGCUAAGGUUACCGACUCCACUUUAACAGCAACCAGAGACACCAGAGUUCCGCCUGUGAACUGUCUGACAGCACCCAAAGGAUCCGGAGAUCCGUUUUGACACGAGACUUGAUGCCAACUCCUUAAACCAGCCAGCAAAGCCAGCAGUCAGCGUGGUGGUUCACAGGAGGGGAGCCAGCAAGACACCUCAGUCCUCAGUCCACUGCCUGUCUGUCUGUCUGUCUGUCUGUCUGUGUGUGUGUGUGUGUGUGUGUGUUUGUGUGUUUGUGUGUUUGUGUGUGUGUGUUUGUCUGUCUGUUUGUUUGUUUGUUUGUGUGUGUGUGUGUGUGUGCGUGUGUGUGCGUGUGUGUGUGUUUGUUUGUUUGUGUUUGUGUGUGUGUGCGAUGGGUUUACUGUCACAGGGGUCUCCACUGAACUGGGAUGAAACCAAGAAGUAUGCAGACCACAUCAGGAAACACGGAAUCAUCCAGUUUCUUAACAUCUACAACAAGGUGAAGGAUCGUCAGAAGGACGUGUUGAAAUGGGGCGAUGAGGUUGAGUACAUGUUAGUGGAACUGGAUGACAAAAAUGAAAAGGUUCGAAUUGUCCUGAAUGGAGGAGAUGUUCUGGAAACUCUUCAAGACCAAGGAGAAAAGAUAAACCCCAAUCACCCUACGCUCUGGAGACCAGAGUAUGGCAGCUACAUGAUUGAAGGAACUCCAGGGCAGCCGUACGGCGGCACGAUGUCAGAGUUCAACACUGUCGAGGGAAACAUGGGGAAGAGAAGACGAGAGGCCUCAUUAGUCCUGAACCAGAAUGAAACGCUCUGCACCAUCACUGCAUUCCCAAGGUUAGGUUGCCCAGGUUUCACCAAACCAGAGCACCCGCCAACACCUGUAGAGAAGGGAGUGUCAAAGUCGCUGUUCUUUCCAGAUGAAGCCAUCAACAGACACCCAAGAUUCAGCACCCUUACCAGAAACAUACGUCACAGAAGAGGAGAGAAAGUCGCAAUUAAUGUGCCAAUCUUCAAAGACAAGUGCACUCUGUCUCCAUUUGUGGAGGAGUUUCCUGAGGACGAUGGCGAAGCAGCGAGAGCGGCUCUGCCUGACCACAUCUAUAUGGAUGCCAUGGGCUUCGGCAUGGGCAACUGCUGCCUGCAGGUGACAUUCCAAGCAUGCAGUAUUGAUGAAGCGCGCUACCUUUAUGACCAGCUAGCGACAUUCUGCCCUAUAGUGAUGGCUUUGAGUGCAGCCUCGCCCUUCUACAGAGGCUAUGUGUCAGAUAUUGAUUGUCGCUGGGGAGUUAUUUCUGCCUCAGUGGACGACAGAACACAAGAGGAACGCGGGCUGAAGCCUCUGAAAAACAACAAGUACAGAAUCUUCAAGUCCAGAUACGAUUCAAUUGACAGCUACCUGUCCAGCUGCGGUGAGAAGUACAACGACAUCGAUUUGACGAUAGAUGAGGAGAUCAAGAAGCAGCUGCUUGGUGGAGGAAUUGACAAUCUGCUGGCCCAGCACAUAGCUCACCUCUUCAUCCGAGAUCCACUCUCCGUCUUCGAGGAGAAAAUACACCUGGAUGAUGAAAAUGAGUCUGAUCACUUUGAGAACCUCCAGUCGACCAACUGGCAGACGAUGAGGUUUAAACCACCGCCUCCAAACUCUGAUAUCGGCUGGAGAGUUGAGUUCCGCCCCAUGGAGGUGCAGCUAACCGAUUUUGAAAAUGCUGCAUACGUGGUGUUUGUCGUCCUGCUCACCAGAGUGAUCCUGUCCUACAAACUGGAUUUCCUAAUCCCCCUGUCAAAGGUUGAUGAAAACAUGAAGGAGGCACAGAAGAGAAACGCUGUCCAAGAGGGCAUGUUUUACUUCCGGAAGGACAUCUUUAAAGGCUGUAACCCGGUUCUCGAUGGUGCUGCUUCAGCUCAGAAUGGCCUGGAGACUGAUGGAACUAAUGAGGAGUACACACUGAUGAGCAUCGACACCAUCAUCAAUGGAAAGGAGGGAGUUUUUCAAGGGCUUAUCCCAAUCCUUAACUGCUACCUGGAGAACAUGGAAGUCGAUGUGGACACCAGAUGCACCAUCUUGAAUUAUCUGAAGCUCAUCAAGAAACGUGCUUCAGGGGACCUGAUGACCAUGGCCAAGUGGAUGAGAGAAUUUGUCGCAAAGCACCCCGAGUACAAGCAGGACAGCGUCAUAACCGACAAGAUCAACUACGACCUGUUUGUCAAGUGCGACAGGAUCGCAAAGGGUGAAGAGCAGUGCCCGGAGCUCAUCGGAAACCCAGUGAACAGAUUCAAAUGAGAAAAAACACAAAUGUAGAAAUUCUUCGUCACCAUACACAUACACGCAUGUAAAGAAAGACCAAAUAUGUGGCUCAGAAUGAAAGCGGUCCAAUUUUAAGAGAAUGCAGAACAGCAUGUGUGUGUGUUGUAAGAAAACACACCUGCAUCAAAUGUAUGUAUAUAUAGUGUAUCAGAUUUUUAUGAUUACAAAAUUAUUUUAAUAGGGUUAAGACAUGCAAAAGGUUGUGUAAUAGAAAUCAGAUGUGUAUUUAUUUUUCUCUGGAAAUUAAGCCUAUCAGUGUGAGAAUGUAAAUGUAGCAAAGAGUUGUACAGUAGUCUGCUUUUAAUCCUAUGUUCUGUAAAUACUGUACCUCCACUCUUUGAAACAUUAACAUCAUGGGUAUUUUCUUUUCUUUGUUGCUCAAUAUGCGCUUUCUUUGCUUUUGGUAGAGAUCUUUCUUCUUUUUCUUUUUUUUUUUUUGUUGUUGCAUUUUAAGAGAAAUGUUUGCUUUGCUCUGCUGACAUUGUAGUGGGACCUUGAAGGUAGUGUUGCAUUCAAGUGAAGAUGGUUAACCAUUGUUUGCAAUGUUACGCUGCUUCAAAUAAAUCUGUACAUC